UCCUCGUCGACUGCAGCUUCAGCCUCCACCUGCACCUCUUCGUCAUGUCUCUCAUCCUCGGCCGCCAAGGCAGCAGCGCUCGCAGCAUUUCCUCCGCCAGCACCAUGAGCAUCGGCGGCGGUCUGCAGCUGAUAGGGGGAAGCCAGGCGCGCAUCUCCAGCGGCAUCUACCAGGGCCGCGCACCCAGCGUGUACGGGGGCGCGGGGGGCUACGGCACCCGCAUCUCCGAGGCCAGCACCCUCCUCUCCUACGGCGGGGUCAACUCGUAUGGCGCCGACACCUUUGGGGUCAGUGAGAAGACGACCAUGCAGAACCUCAACGACCGCCUGGCAACCUACCUGGAUAAAGUGCGCUCUUUGGAGGCUGCUAACAGAAGGUUGGAGCUCCAGAUCAGAGAGUUCUAUGAGAAGAGGUCUCCGAUUGCCAGGGACUUCAGCGUUUACUUUGCCACCAUCAAUGAGCUGCGUGCCCAGAUCGCAAGGAGGUAUGCAGAGAAUCAGAGCAUCAUCCUGCAGAUUGACAACGCUCAACUGGCGGCGGACGACUUUAAAAUGAAAUACGAGGUGGAGAUGAACACGCGUGCAAUGGUGGAGUCUGAUUUGAUCCGUCUUCGAGGGGUCCGGGACAACAUGGUUGUUAUCAUCAGUGACCUGAAACUGCAGAUAGAUAAUCUGAAGGAUCAACUGAUGCAACUCAAGAGGAACCAUGAAGAGGAGAUGAAUGCAGCAAGACUCCAGUACAGUGGUAACGUCAACGUCGAAGUGGACAGCGCAUAUUCUGUGGACCUUUCCAAGGUCCUUCAAGACGUCAGGGAGCAGUAUGAAGCCCUGGCGUUGAAGAACAAGCAGGAACUGGAAAGAUGGUAUCAAGCUAAGAUGGAAUCUCUCCAGUCCGAAAUCAAAGGUUUCUCCACAGAGGUAAAGACCUUUUCUUCCCAACUGUCUGAGCUGAAGCGGACAUACCAGAGUUUAGAGAUCACGUACCAGGGCAUCCUCGCAGAGAUGGAAUGCCUCCGUCAGAACCUCGCCGAAACCAAGCUGCGGUACAGCUCUCAGCUCAGCCAACUGCAGUUGACCAUCAACAGCCUGGAGGUGGAGCUGCAGCAGCUCAAAGUUUCCAUUGAGGAACAGAACUCCGAGUACCAAAUGCUGCUGGACAUCAAGAUGAGGCUGGAGAGGGAAAUCGCUGAGUACCGCCGUCUGCUGGAUGGAGAAUCGUAUGAGCAGAAAAAGCCUCUGGUCAUCAGCAAGGUGGUGCAGGUGGAAGAGCACAAACCCCACGUGGAGAGGAGAGUGAAGACCAUUGUGGAAAAGAUUAUCGACGGAAAGGUGGUGUCCACCAGCGUGGACACUCAGCAAGAAGAUAUUUAAAUGGUUACGAUUGCUCCUAAAUGAACCAUUUGCUUCUCUUGGUAUGCAACAGGCUGCUGUCCUCUCCCCUUUAAAAACACAUUGUGAGAAACAGCUCUGUUUGCGUUCAUGUUCUCCUCUUUCCCCUUAAUACAAUUAUGCAGCAGUCGAAAGACAAAUGAUCAGCAACUUGCAGUAUUUGCUCUGUAUUUGGACGAUAAAUGAAAUAAUAAUCGUACAAUCAAAUGGAAAAAAAAAAAAAUGCAAACACACCACAAUGUGUAUCUUUAAUUAGUGUACAGAGAAAUCCAUUGUGUUUUGGUAGCAUGCACAAACAAAUGUCUCAUUUUGUCUGAUGGAAAAUUAGAAAAUUCCAAUUUGUCACGAAAACCACAACAAUGCAAAUUAAAAGCGUCUUGCUGUA